AUGCAACCCACCGCGGAAAACGAAGAAAAACAUAUUAUAAAGGCCGCCGAAGACUCGUCUACGUUAAACAGUGAUUCUACAACUGAAGAACACAGUUUAAUCAAAAAUCCUGCAGGUUCUGAAUAUCAUGUCUCGACCGAACACUACGGGUUCAUGGAUCAGGACCCGGUCGAAAGCCGCGACCGUAGUUUUACAACCACUACGGCUUGUCUCGAAGGAUUGGUCCGGACAGACGGUCACGGACGCCAGCUGGUCCUGUUGGACGGCCACACUGUUUACUGGCGUGGACAUCAGUCCGCCCCAUCAGAAAGCGGCCGCGUUAAGGUGAUGGCAGGUCACCGCGGUGGCCAUUAUCCCACAUUCGCCCGUUACGUAGGCGCUGGCAUGUUGGACGCGGCCGUUGCCGGCCCGGACCACGGUAGACAUCCUACCGCCGCACAAGUACUGACGGCCAUCCGGGAGUUGGACGACCGCUGUGGAGUACUGGUACUAGUGGCCAGCGAAACGGCGGCCAUCCUCAACUAUGGCAUCGCAGCCCAAAAGGCCCGCACUCAGGGGAUCAUCGUCAAACUAUUGGCAAUCGGCGAUGAUGUUAUCCGAAGUCAGUCAACUGCUGGUGGCCGGCGACGUGGUGCUGCGGGCAUAGUGUUGAUAUGCAAAAUCGCAGGAGCCUUGGCAGCCGGUGGCCAUGGCCUGACCAAGAUUUUUGCCGUGUGUCAGCGCCUGUCUAUGGACCGCAUGGCCACAGUAAACGCAGUGAUUGGUUUAAGAAAGCGGACGUACCGCGAAGAUGCCAGCAGCGAGAGUGAAGAAAACAUGUUAUUGCUGGGCACGGACGCGAAUGGCAGGAAUGAGAUUCGGACCGUGCGGACGACACAUGUCACGGAGAUGGUGUCUGUCGCGCUGAACCUACUUACCAACGACGACCAGCACAUCAUUCGACGUUGGCGAGACGCUGACAUCGUGGCCAUGGUCAACAACAUGGGUGGCAUGUCGGACGCGCGGUUUAUGGCCAUCGUGACCGAGUUAACAGGUCGACUCGGCGUGGCCACUGGCGCCCGCGCGGUGCACCGGUGGUACACUGGCCGGAUGUUGCCGUCAUCCGGCGACACAGACUACGGGUUCUCCGUGACCAUAAUGGACGUUGGUGCCGCGGCCCGAGGCUCGGCCACCGCAGACGGUCGUGUGUACGGUGGCCUUUGCUGCUCACUGAUAGCUUGUCUGGACUUCCCAGUGUCCGCUUCCGGUUGGACGUUCGCCGGCCUGGACGGACGUCUUGACCUGGCCCAUCAUCCCCCGCCCGAGUAUGUUCGACGCCACCAUAACUGCCCCUGUGACCUCCUGACGGGUGGAACGGGUGGAAAGGACCGUGGUGGUGACAAAUACGACCAAGACGAAGACGACGAUGAUGACAACGAUUUUCCGCCAAGCCCGAUCGUGCCCGAAGACCAAGUGCCGUUUGUAACAGAACUUUUAAUUCACGUGUGCAAUCGGAUCGUCGAGACGGAGAGCCAGAUGAACGCAAUGGAUGAGACAGACGACGGCGACUGCGGUAGCAACUGGCGACGUGGUGCGGAAGCAAUUAGGGCGGCCGUGAAGGCGGGCAAGGUGGAUGCGGCCAGCCCUGCAAGCACACUGCGCUCAAUCGGCCGGUUGCUCGAGACCCACAUGGCCGGAACUUUGGGCACGCUGUUGUCCGUCUUGUUCCGCUCAUUCUCGCUAUCAUUUUCCAAACACUCCUGUCGCUCAUCCCUAGGACCGGCUAUGUGGGUAGACGGCCUACGCCACGGUAUAACGGCCGUCGAGGCGUACGGCAUGCGUAAACCCGGCGACCGCACCAUAUUGGACGCACUCGUUCCGGCCGUCCAAGGUAUGGAGGACGUCCUGCGCAAGUCCAAAAACCCGAUUAACCUACUGAACAGAGCGGUUACAGAAGCGGACAAGGGAUGCAAGCUAACCAAGCACGUGAGUCGCAGUAGCGAACGGACCACAAGUUAUGGGGCUGACGCGGGUGCGUACGGCGUGAAAACCGUGUUGGCAGCGAUACUGGAAAAAUACGCCGAACGAUUGGCUGCCGCGAUGUCGACAGCGACGGAAAAAAAUUGUAUAUGUUCGACUCCGACGUGA